CCUCUCCCGCUGCAGAUGUAGUCUCUUGAACGUGUCCCUCCCUCCCUCCUCCGCUCCCACAGCUCCGGCCGACAUGGCGCACUAGAGGCAGCAGUGCCAGCGGCAGCAUUGGCCUUCGCAGCGGCGGCAGCAGCACCAGGCUCUGCAGCGGCACCUCCCAGCGGCUUAAGCCAUGGCGCUUUUCACGGCAUUCAGCAGCAGCCUUGCUGUAACCGACAAGGACACAUUCGAAUUGAACACAUUCCUCGAUUCCAGCAGAGCCCCACAACAUGACCGACAUGAGCUUCUUGAGCAGCGAGGUGUUGGUGGGGGGCUUGAUGUCCCCCUUCAGCCAGUCGGCUUUGGGGGCUGAAGAAAGCUUAGAUCUCCUAGACGACUACCUGGAGGUGGCCAAGAACUUGAAACCCCAUGGGUUCUCCAGCGACCAGGCGAAGGCGGGCUCCGAAUGGCUGGCUGCGGAUGGGUUGGUCAGUGCCUCAGACAACGGCAAGGAGGAUGCCUUUUCGGGGACAGAUUGGAUGGUGGAGAAAAUGGAUCUCAAGGAGUUUGACUUCGAUGCCCUGUUAAGUUUGGGUGACCUGGAUACCAUGCCCGAUGAUGAGCUUUUGGCCACCUUGGAUGACCCCUGUGAACUCUUUGACCCCUUAGACCAGGAGAUUAAUAAGGAGCCCCUCCAUACAGUGAACCCAAUUGGCCAUCUUCCAGAAAGUUUACUACAAACUGAUCAGGUUGCCCCCUUCACCUUCCUGCAACCUCUUGCCCUUAACCCAGAGGCCCUGCCCUGCACUCCGGAGCAUUCAUUCAGUUUAGAGCUGGGAAGUGAAGUUGACAUCUCUGAAGGAGAUAGGAAAUCAGACUCCGCUACUUUUAUUACCAUAGUCCCUCAAAGCAUCAAGGAGGAGGAGGGCACCUCAGACAAUGACAGUGGCGUCUGUAUGAGCCCCGAGUCCUACCUGGGCUCUCCCCAGCAUAGCCCCUCCACCUCCAGGGCCUCCCCAAACAGGAACCUGCUGUCUCCAGCUACCCCCUGUGGGUCUGCUGGCCCCAAACCCUACGACCCUCCUGUAGAGAAGGUGGUGGUAGCAAAAGUAAAGGGUGAGAAGCUAGAUAAAAGGCUGAAAAAGAUGGAGCAGAACAAGACGGCAGCCACUAGGUACCGCCAGAAGAAGCGAGCGGAGCAGGAGGCCCUCACCGGGGAGUGCAAGGAGCUAGAGAAGAAGAACGAGGCUCUGAAAGAGAAGGCCGAUUCCUUGGCCAAGGAGAUCCAGUAUCUGAAAGAUCUGAUAGAAGAGGUCCGCAAAGCCAGGGGGAAGAAAAGGGCCCCCUAGGUAGGGUAGUCGGUGUGUCUUGUACAUAGGAGGCUUGUGCUGGAGAUUGUAUUAUAAUAAAUUAUUUUGUAGUGAAAG